AUGCUGAUCGAGAGUAAGCUCAUGGCAUUCGAGGCCAGGUUAUUUCCCGAUAAAGCAAUCCGCCCACCAUUGGGAGAAAAGAUUGUAACACGUCCUAGUACACUGUCAACGACGAUACAGCAACCAGCGUCGGUUCCAUCGCAGCACAAAAUUAAAAAACCAAAACUGCGAAAGAAGAAGAAGCCCAUACAUCCACCAGUGAUCGAUUUGCCACCUGUAGAUGCGCCAGUACUGCAAGCAUCUACACCUGCAAUGACAAACUCAUGGGCAGACGUGGCUAAGAAGGCAAAAAUACAAAAUGUUGGGUCCAACCGUGCAUCCAGGCAAGAGAAGAGGAAACUGAAAGUUCUCGUGCCCCAAAAUCUGCAGCUG